AUGACUACAAUUGAGAAGCUACAGCCCGGAACAAAGCUCCAAGUGGGUUCCCAUGAGUGCAACGUAUUAUUUCUACAAGAUACUAACAAUAUAUUGUCCACAGGUGGGUUUGCUCAUAUUUACACAGUGAAACCACAACCGAUUGAAGAUGGAUAUGAGAUUGCAUGUUUGAAAAGAGUGAUUGUCAAGACUAAACCUGAAUUGAAUUUGUUGAGAAAGGAGGUGGAUACAAUGAAGAAAUUGGCCAGCAACAAAUAUGUGGUGAAAUAUUAUGAUUCCAACGCUCAAAAAUUAGAUGAUGGAACAUACGAAGUGCUUUUACUUAUGGAAUACUGUCCAAAUAAGAGUUUAUUAGAUUUAAUGAAUCAGCAUUUGAAAACCAAGUUAUCUGUUGCCCAAAUCUUGAAGAUUAUGUAUGAAAUUUCAAUCGCGGUAUCAGCAAUGCAUUCUGUCAAUUUGAUUCAUAGAGAUUUGAAAGUGGAAAAUGUAUUAAUCAAUGCUGAUGGUGAUUUCAAGCUUGCAGAUUUUGGUUCAACAAGUGGAUACAUUGCACCUCCAAAAAAUCAAGAAGAGUUUCAGCUGGUUGCCCAUGAUAUAUUAUAUCAGACAACUCCACAAUAUAGAGCUCCUGAAAUGAUUGAUCUUUACAAAAACAUCCCAGUUGAUUAUAAAUCAGAUAUAUGGGCACUAGGUGUGUUCCUAUAUAAAUUGAUGUAUUAUACAACACCUUUUGAAAUGCAAGGUGAAGUUGCUAUUUUGCAUGGUUAUUUCCAGUUCCCACCAGCACCGAAAUACCCUUCAAGAUUAAAGAACUUGGUGAUCAUUAUGCUUCAGGUCGACGUUAAUCUACGGCCAAAUAUUUAUCAAGUGAUUCAUGAAUUGUCAUCAAUGGUUGAAAAACCAGUUCCAAUUGAAGAUUUUUAUGGAUUAGGCCCUUAUAAUUAUGAAGAGUAUGCAAAAUAUCAACAACAAUUACAAUAUCAACAACAAAUACAACAACAGCAAGCUCAACAAGCUCAACAGCAGCAGAUACAACAACAACAAUAUCAAACUCAAAAAUACUGGGAACAUCAAAAACAACAACAAAAACAUCAAGAAGAGCUCAUCACACAACAAGUUCAUAAAGCUGCUGAAAAUAAUCAACAAGCUCCUAAUCCAAACGAUCUUAGAAGCUCUACAGCAUCUCCUCAAGCUGAUCACUCAAUUCAUCCACCACAACAAUUGGCUCGCUCUACAAACCCUAGUAGUGGUGAUUUACAAAGCUUAGCUUUUGAAAGUGAUCCAGUAAAAUCUGAGAAAACACCUACUCCAUUGACAAAACAACCUCUUGGAGGUGAAAACAACAUUCAUGUUGAAGAGAAAGAAAUUCAAGAUGAAGAUCAAACUGGUGAAGGAGAAGAAGUAUUGGACAACGUUGAAGAAAGAUAUCCAUCUUUAGAAGACCUUGAUGAAGGCUCAGUUGAGAAAAGGUUCCCAGAUGUUAAUACAAUUGAUACAGAUGUUGAAACUAAAGCUAGAAAAUCAAUUGAUGAAUUACGUUCGGAAGUUAGUGAUGCUAAAUCUUCAGUUGAUCUAACUAGAAACUCUUCUAGAAAAACACAGACAUCUACAAAAACUGAAGAAUUAGAAAAUGAAGAAGAUGCUCCAAAACUUGGUAUUAAACUUACUCACACUGAAGCAUGGACAACACCUGCCCCAGAACCUAAGCAUAAUAUUGAUGUUGAUGGAGUUUUCCAUACUGAGAGUGAUCAAAAUGAGAAAUCAUCUCCUUCAAGUGUUCCUAGAAAGAGUGGUGAAUAUGACGCUAGAGAAAGUUUUGAAUCAGGUGCUAGUAGAAAAAGCUUUGAGACUAUGAACUCACAUUAUGAUCCUUCAACUAAUGAACCAACCUCAAGCUUACAGCAGACAAAUAAUUUGCCACCACAACAAGAUGCUGGAUAUUCUCAAAUUCUAGUUUCACCACCUUCAAAUCCUCAACCAAUUUACCAAAAGCAAUAUCACCCUCAACAGUUGGAAAACCAGCAUUAUCCAACAAAUCAAGAGUCAAGCAAUAAUCCAUAUUAUGCUUAUCCACAACAAAACUUUAACCAACCAAGACAAUAUCAUACUGUACCACAACAGUCUCAACAGCUUCCACAGAAUCCUAUUUAUUCACAAUCUGACCCAUAUUCUCAACAACAACAACAACAUCAACAACCAAGACCAAAUAUUUUAGGAUCAAGAAACCCAUUCCCUACAGCUGGUUCUAAAAAUCCAUUUCCUUCUUCAAAAUCUUCUUUAGAUGUAAAAACUAAUCCAAUCCCAGCUGAAAAAUCAGGUGGUAAUCCAUGGGCUCAAUAUCAACAAAAUACAUCAAAGUUAAAUCCACAACAAAAUUUAUUGCUUCAACAACAAAAACCAACAAUUAAACCUUAUUCUACAAAUUCUGUUCCAAAAUUGAGAAAUUCAUCCACAUUGGAGUCACCAAGUAUUCAAGUAACACCAACUGAGAAUCUGAUUGAUAUUGAUAAUGUACCAGCACCUGCAAGAACAAGAGAUCCUAAGAAUCAACCACAACUGAAUUUAGAUUUAUUAGAAUUAGAUAUGAGUGAACCUGAAGCUUUUGAUGAUGAUUUACAAGUUGAAGAAAUGAAGGUUAAACCAACUAGAAGAAAAUCUAGUAAUCAAAAACCUUCUACUUUACCACAAGAUGGCUCAGUUCCAAGAAAAUCAAGUGAAUUGAAUAGAAUCAAUUUAGAUCUUGAAGAAUUGAAUCUUGAUGAUGAAAAUAAUGAAAAUGUUUUAGCUGAUGAUGAAACUGGUGAUUCUUACUCUAAACAUUCAAGACGUUCAUUAUCAUUACAUCGUUCAAGAUCGAAAACAUCAAAAGUUUCUAGACCAAAAGAUGAAAGUAGAAAAUCAUCAUUUUUAGGUUUCAAGUCAUAG